AUGUUUGCAUUACCACCGUACGAGGAGGACUUUGUAUAUUCAACUACAUUGCCCCAGGGGACAGGACCUCGAAGGCUUCUCAAGUUCAACCCCUCCACACCCGGCACUAAGCUGUCGCUGUCACUGGUCGAUGCGAAACAAGGGGACAGGUUCUGUGCCAUCUCCUAUGCAUGGAAUCGACCUGUGUGCACACCGAGGUUCGAUUUGAACAGCAAUGUUUUCUGCCCAACGCAUGGCACCGCACCCUGGACCAACAGCAAGGCAGUAUGCAACAGCUAUCUCAGCUAUUUCAAGAGUGCCCCAAACGGAUACACCGAUAUACUCAUCGACGAGAACAAUUUCUACGUUCAAGACACCGUGUUUCACCUUCUCCUGGCCACCCAAAAGUUUUUCCAGAACGGAGGUUAUUUCUGGCUGGAUUCUUGCAUCAAUCAGAACGAUAGCGUCGAAAGAGGACAACAAACUAGCGUUAUGCAUGAAAUCUACAAAGCCGCUCAACACGUAUUCGUCUGGCUGGGUACAGCGUACGACAGUUCGGAUAUAGCCAUGGACUCCCUGUAUUACCUUGCACCAUCGGCAAGCCCUUACGCGUCGUUGCCACACAGCCCUCUGCGAGCACAGUCUCACUCGCAAGAUAUCUCCCAGCAAGUCUGCUCGCUAUUCGACAGGCCGUACUGGAGGCGGACUUGGGUGAUUCAGGAGUUUCUGCUCGCCCGGGAUGCGACACUCCUCUGCGGAAAUCGAGCAGUUCCCUACACCAAGACCGAGUCUUUGGUCGAUCAGCUUGAGGGCGAUUAUACAUUCCGAAAAAGGUACCCACAGUUGUCCGCCACGCCCGCUGUAAAGCUCAUCCAGGCCAGAAAAGCUUUCAUGUCCUUUCCUGUGAAGCCGUCGCUGCAGCACAUGGUUCAUCACUUCUUGUUCACACGGAGCACUUUCCCAGAGGAUAAGCUCAUCGGCUUGCUGAGGGUGUCUCGCUCCACCGUAGAGACAGGUUUCAACGGAGAAUCGGGAAGUCUUGAGAAACGAAUGGAGGUUAUCAGCGAGUUCGUCAGAGAUUAUCAGGGCCGAGCGAUGGACCCAAAGACACCACAGCAGUGGCAGCACCUUCUAGCAUGCCUAUUGGGCGUGCGAGGCAUCUUUCCGGAGCCUGAGGCAAGCCUCACUCCCCACCUUGGCUUCAAUCCCCUCUUUCCCCCGCCUAGGAACUGUCCUCCUGCAACAUCCACGCCAUACCCUGGGAGAGUUGUUCCACCACAGGGAGCCCGGCAGCCGCCUCCUACAAGCAUCCCGGUACUCGUUGUCGGAAAUGUUUGGUCUUCAAAGCCCGCGUCAUGGCUUGCACAUCCCGUUUACGGAAAUGGCGUGUCGCACAUGCCGCCCCCUCCGACCCCUACAACAAGGAUGCCGCGGCUACCUGGUUUCGCACGUCCACAAUAG